CUGUGGGCGUCGCGCUCUCCCUUUUGACAGAUAAAGAAACCAGUGAAGAGGGAUUUGCCAAACAUACAGUCACUACAAGCAAGGAGAAGAUAAUCAUGGGUGACAGUAGUUGCAACAACGGGACCCACCACUCGGGGGCGGUGCAGUCAGACCCACAGCUGUUUGAGGCCCAGUUUGAGGAGCUGGUGACAGAGCUCACAGAGCAGGACCUCACAGACCCUGUCCUCGCUGACGCUCUCAACAGACUCAGAGAGGUGUUGCACUACAACACUCCUGGAGGAAAAAGAAACAGAGGUCUGUCUGUGAUUGGCUCUUUGAGGGAGCUUGUACCUCCCACAGAGCUGACCCAGGAUGCUGUGCAACGGGCCCUGCUGGUUGGCUGGUGCAUUGAGCUGCUCCAGGCAUUCUUCCUGGUAGCUGAUGACAUCAUGGAUGCUUCAGUGACUCGGAGAGGUCAGCCCUGCUGGUACAAGAGGGAGAGAGUGGGUCUGGAUGCCAUCAAUGAUGCCUUCCUCCUGGAGGGAGCCAUCUACAGACUACUGCGCAGACACUGCAGGGCACAGCCCUACUACGUACACCUAUUGGAGCUCUUCACCGAGACGUCCUUCCAGACAGAGCUGGGCCAGGCUCUGGACCUGAUGACCGCUCCUCCUGGUCAAAUAGACCUCAACCGCUUCACCAUGGAGAGAUAUAAGGCCAUAGUAAAGUACAAGACUGCCUUCUACUCCUUCUACCUCCCUGUUGCAGCAGCCAUGUACAUGGCGGGCAUUGACAGUGAAGAGGAACACAACAACGCUAAACACAUCUUACUGGAGAUGGGAGAGUUCUUCCAGAUACAGGAUGACUACCUGGAUUGCUAUGGUGACCCGGAGGUGACAGGGAAGAUUGGAACAGACAUCCAGGACAACAAGUGUGGCUGGCUGGUGGUGACUGCUCUAGGGGUCAUGACCCCGGAACAGAGGGCAGAGCUGGAGUCAUGUUAUGGUCGGCAUGACAGUGUGAGUGUGGAGAAGGUGAAAGCGCUGUACAACACCCUACAGAUGUCCACCCUGUACCACCAAUACGAAAACGACAGCUACCAGCGCUUACAGAAACUCAUCGCUCGUCACGCCCAAAACCUUCCACAUGCAGUUUUCCUCAACUUCGCCAAGAAAAUCUACAAGAGAAACAAGUGAAGACUAUGACGAGGGGACAUUUUUUUUUU